CGAAUAAACCACCGCAUCUUUCCUUGGGUUUUCUCUUCGGUCUGCCCCGGCGAAGCCGCCUCUGCCCCUUCUCUCUUUUCCUCUUAUUCACCUUCUAUCCUUCGCCUCCUUGUUCCUUCCGCCUCCUCGCCGACCUUCCCGUCCUGCCCUAACUAAGCGCCGCGCCCCGCAUGGAGGACCAGCGCGAAAUCGCCGCCUCGUCCCGAUCCCUGGAAGAGGUGGGUGGUGAUGCGAAGGGGAUGGAAGGUGCUGAAUCGUGUGGAUCAACUGUGGAUUUCGGGAUCUGCGCGAUCUGUUUGGAGAAGAUUGUUCUUCAGGAGACGGCGCUUGUAAAAGGUUGCGAGCAUGCUUACUGUGUGACGUGCAUCUUGAGGUGGGCAGCAUAUAAUCAGAAGCCUUCGUGCCCUCAGUGCAAGCAUCCAUUUGAGUCCCUCAACGUUCAUCGCUCACUUGAUGGCUGUAUUCAUGACUACAUGUUUGAGGAGAGUGUUUGGCUUCUCCUUCGAGCUACUUGGUUUGUUCCUCUGACAGUAGAGGCCCAAGAAGAGGCUUCUGAAGAGCUCGAAGACUAUGCCCGGUAUUAUAAUGAUCAAGAUGAUGAUGAUGAUGGCGAUGAGCUAGAUGAAUCUUACUAUAUUAGCAGCUCGUCGAGUAUCCGUAUCGGUAACAGGAGGUGGGGUGACAAUGGUUAUGUGAGGGCAGGACGGAAGGAAGCACGACCCGUCGGUCAACGAUCAUUUGAUGACUCUGGUGCUGGUACAUCCCGGUGCCCCAAAAAGAAAGAGCCAUCGAAAAUUGUGACUGGUAGGCGGGCAAAAAGGGCGCUGAAGCGAGAAGCUGCAGAUAAAGCAGCUGCAGCCAAGCACCAGCAGCACUUGCAGAGGUUGGGUCGUAAGUGAUCUUCUAUCGGAAGAAGUAAUUACGCGGCCUUUCUUUGUAUGAUGGCAAAUCAGCCACGCCGCUUGUACAGGAUGUUAACCUUCUAGAUUCAGCAUAAAGUGUCGUGAAGUGGUGUGGUUACCAUAUUUUAGUAGGCACAUCUUCACUGACGCAUGGCAGAUGUUACUUCUCUUAGGAUUUAAAAUAUUAUGUGUGUAGUUUUAUCUUGGUUCAUGAUUUCAUUGCUUAUGUGUCCAUUGAAUAAGCGGAUGUGUUUCUUCUUGGUGGUUUCUGAUCUUUCAUGACAAGUUGAGGAAAUAUGCAUUUGAUAAUAA